AUGGCCAUGGACACAACUACUCCUGAUACGGGAGAGCAGGGGACGGCGAAAACAGUGCUGAGGAAGAUUGACAGACGACUGAUCCCACUGCUGUUCACAACUUACAUGUUAAAUUUUAUGGACAAAACCAUCCUGUCGAGUGCGUCUGUCUUUGGGAUGAGGCACGAUACGGGUUUGGUGGGCCAGCAGUACAGCUGGGUAUCAUCGAUCUUCUACUUUGGCUACCUGGGAUGGGUAUAUCCAACAACUUUGCUCAUUGCUCGGCUCCCCCCCGCCAAAUACUUGACGGCUAACACGGUAUUCUGGGGUGCUGUAGUGGCUCUCACUGCAGCCUGCACUAACUUUGGCGGUCUCAUCACAGUUCGCUUCUUGCUGGGAGUUGCUGAAGCAACGAUCACGCCGGCGUUUAUGUUUAUCACGUCGACGUGGUACACGCGUGAUGAGAUUCCGACCAGGACAGGCCUGUGGUUUGCUGGAAACAGUGUCGGUGGCAUAAUUUCCAGUCUCCUCGCCUACGGGCUAGGUCACGUCAAAGAUCACGUUGGUCCGUGGAGGUGGAUGUUCAUCGUCCUGGGCUGUGCGACAUUCCUCUGGGGAUUCGCCAUCUGGACUCUACUACCAGACUCAAUCUCCAAGGCCACAUUCCUCACAGAAGAGGAACGCCAGUUCGCUACCAACAGAGUUAUCGUUGCAGGCACCGGCGCAACGGAGAAGACCGUCUGGAGAUGGGACCAGCUCGUUGAAUGUCUGAUAGAUCCCAAAACAUGGCUGAUCUUUGGGCUGGAGCUUUGUACCCAGAUCCCCAACGGAGGGACGCAGAACUUUGCCAAUCUGGUGAUUGUCUCUUUUGGGUUCACGAACCUGCAAUCGACGCUACUGACCAUCCCUUACUCCCUUAUCACCGUGGCCACAAUCACAGGGACGGGCUGGCUGGCCGGUCGUUGUCGCCAAUUGAACUGCUUGCUAAUCGUGGUCGUUGUGAUCCCUUGCGUUAUCGGCAGCGCGAUCAUCUACUCCCGCGCGCAUAUGGUCUUGGACGUGCAACUAUUAGGAUAUUUCCUCUUGUCGACGGGACCCGCGGCAAUGCCGCUUGCUAUGUCGCUGGUGCAGGCCAAUUACCGUGGUGUCACUAAGAAAAUGACAGUUACUGCAAUGCUAUUCCUGGCUUACUGUGCUGGAAACAUUUCGGGGCCUCAAUUCUUCCUCAGCGAGGAGGCGCCCACUUAUAACACUGCUUUCCGCACGAUCAUGAUUUGUUAUACCUUGUCUGUCGUCUUGACGUUGGUUCUACGCUGCUACCUGCAGUGGACUAACGCUCGCCGUACAUGUCUAGAGGGCUUCGAGGGUAGUGCUGGAAACGCGGGUGCAGUUGGUGGGAGGGGAUUGGAAGGUGACCCCGAUUUGAAGAAUUUGGUGGAUAUGGUCAACCGGGUGCAGUUGGUAUCGGAUGAUUAUGAUGAUGUUUCGGACUGGAAGACAACAGGCUUCAGAUAUCGUUACUAA